AGCAGGAAGGACGGGAUGAGAGAUCCGUCAUCCUUCACAGAAGUUACGAUGCGUUAUUCUUGGUCUCUUCCAUCGAGUUCAUCCCACCUGGCCGUGCAGUCCGUAUGAGAGGCUAUCGGUGAGCAGCAAUGGACCGGCUGGACAAGCUGAGCGAUAUCCUGAAAGAACUGGGUGCGGACUCAGUCACACAGCGGAGGAAGGGCCUCAAGGGUGAGCCGCGUAGAUCUGCACAGCAUGCAGAUCCUGCACGUCACUGCGGAUGGGUGUGUUGUAUUGUGUGGCAGAGCUGAAGGACUUCCUGGACGAUCCGCAGCGCAUCCUGAUGAUUGAGCGGGCCGAGGACAUGACAGACGUGUGGACAGCUGUCGGCAGAUUGUGAGCCACCAACCUUACGCAGACCAGACUUGGUCCCAUCGCCAUGGAUUCGACCGUCACCUCUCUGUGUCGUGUGUGUGUGUGUGUGUGUGUUCCGCUCGCAGUCUGGUUGAGGCGAUGCAGAAGGAGGUGAGCUGUCGACGCACGCCACGCCCAGGGGACGGGUGGUGGUGGGGUGGGGUGGGGUGCCUGCCUGGAUCUCUGUCGUUGCAUGUGUUGUGCUGUGUGGCAGAUCAAGCGCAUCCAGCACAGCAAGUCCAAGAAAGGUAAACCACGGAAUGCCAUGUCUGCCCCACCCACCACCUUGCUUUGCUGCACCACCUGUCAUAUCACCUCAUGUGCCUGUAUAUGUGUGUGUGCGCGCAGCCCCUCCCAAGUUCGACCCGAAUGAUGCGACGCUGUUCCAUGGCAUUGUGACGGUGAUAGAGCGGCACGGCCCCAAGCUGGUGGUGUGCGCCGACGAGUACUUCAACCACCUGUGUGAGGUGCUGAGGGACGACGGCCAGGUGUCGCCGCGGCCCGCAUGGGGAGAGGCCUACCUGGGUGUGCUGCUUGCCAUGGUGUCCAGACAGCAGUACACCUACAAACUCACAGAACACCACUUGAGAGGUGCAGCAGACAGUCGACCGACCCACCCACCGUGGGGAGCGGGAGGAGGUGGAUCUCUAUCUCGUUUUCUGUGUGUGGUGUGUUUAUGACCUUCAUUCAGAUUUCCUGAAGGUGUUGUCUGGCUUUUCGCUGACGCCGAAGCACAUGUGCAUGCAGACGCUCCAGAUACUCUGCGCCAACGCAUACGGUGGGCGACAAAGGGAAGCAGUCAGACAGACAGUCAGACAGACAGACAGACAGGCAGGCAGGUCAGCUGUGUGGUGGGCUGUGUCGUUCCAGGUGACAUCAGCCAGAAGCUGCCGACGAUUGUCUCUACUGUCUUCGACAAAAUCAUCCAGCUUGAGUGAGUGAGCGACUGAGUGAGUGAGCAGAGAAUACGUACACACACACACAAACGUAUGUGUCCAUUGUGUUACGCUGUGCUUUAAGUGAGGAGAAGGAGUUCAAGCCGAGCAAUCAGUCACUCGUCGACGCCACUGUGCUCUGCGCCACCAGGUGAUGCAGUGAAUCAACUUUGUGUGAAUCAACUGUGAUGUGACUUGUUUGAUUGAUCUGACUCGUUCGUUCAUUGUGUGUGUGUGUGCGUGCCAGUUUGGCUCUGUUGUCGCCGCUUCAGUUCCAGGACACCCUGCUGCGCAAACCCAAGAUAUUCGCCGCGCUCAAAAUACUUGUGCGGGUACGCCAGCAAACGGCACACAGCCAAUCAAUUCACCGCUGCUGCAUUCUCUGUUGCUGUGCUUGUGACUUGGCGCGUGUGUGCAGACAUUUCGGUCUCUCAGCUCCAAAUCGAAGGUCAGUCCAGAGGACAGCGAAAAUGUGUUGACUGCGUGUGUGUGUGUGUGUGUGUAUGUCUUUCAUCUGUGGUGUGUGUGCGCAGGAGCGUUUGAUAGUGUUGCUGCGUCUGGUGGUGGUGGUGUUUAGGUCGUCAGAUACGCGCCUGCCAAAAGCACUCUCCACUGGUGGGGGAGCGACAAAGACGCUGGUGGGUGCACAAACGCUGAUUUGUGUCUUUGUCUGUGUGGUGCAGGUGCUCUGCGGUGGACGUUGAAGAGUCUGCUUAGCAUCCUGCCGUACUACAUCGAAACGCUUCUCUCAGUGGUGAUGAUAGGCAGGCGUACGAUGGACACACUCUCAUUUCAUUGGAAUCUCUGCGUGUGCUACCUUGCAGAAGAGCGAGCAGAAGGGACGGCCGGACCGACAGGCACACGAAUGUGGUGGGCAGUGAAUGAGCCACCGUCCACUUCGUGCCGUCUUCACUUGGUGUAUAUGUAUAUGUCAGUCAUCAUCGCAUACCAGGAUCAGUUGGGCAUGUCGGCCCCUUCGGACGACGCCAACCACCGGACGAGCUCAUGUUUCGGCAUCCGGGGCCUCAACUCGGCCGUCGAGCUGCUCACUGACAUCGUGUGGGAGGUACGCACCGACACACCAUGAUAUCCGCACACACCUCGCCUGUGUGUGUGUGCCUGUGUGUCACACAGGCGUUCCAGCAUGUGGAGUACCGUCGCAUGUUUAGUGGUGAUUCGGCCGCACAGGGCGGCGACACGUCAUCGACACUCGCCAGUCAGGCCUCACAAAUGUACCCGCCGGUCAUCACACCCGAGGAGCAACGGUCGGCGCUGAUGAGUACGACAGCGAUCCAUCUCGUGUGAGUACGUGUGUUUCUUGUACACAUCUCCAUCAGUGUGAAGGGCAGUGGAGAGGGCAGCGACAUGCUGCGGUACUUCGAGAGGUUCCUGCACGGACCACGGGCCUCUGCAUGGUACGUACGUACGUACGCAAGCACACACACCUGCUGCUGGCCGUCAUGCAUGUGAUGAUAUCAGGUGUCUGGUGCUGGCCCGUAUGUGCGAGAAGGCCUGUCUGCAGCUCCCGCUGGCCGACCUGAGGGCCCUCUACCAGUUCAUGACGGAGAAGCUCGAAGAAAUGACACAAGCCAUACUAGCGGGGUCAGUGACCGAGGGGUCAGCAUGCAAAAUGUGCAAUCGAUCGGUAUCAUGUUUUCUCCCCACGCCUCACUUGCAGUGUGUUGCCGCACUCUCUCGGCAUCCCUUCUCUGCGCGGCACGUCGUUCGCCCCCGACCUGUCAGACGUCUACUGCUGGCUGCUCGGGCAGACGGCCGUCCUCGAGUGCCUCUUCCUCAACCAUCUGCUCGCACCACAGCGCUGCACGGCACCGACACAAGGCGACACACCCAGCACUUCAGCAGAGGAUGGAGGGAGUGACGUACCUUCGCCGCAACACACCACCCAGUUCAACGCGGUGCCGCUGCAGAUGAGUGUGCUCACCACCAACAACGCCGCCUUCUGCUCGUCGCGCGGCGGUGUGGCAGACGUGCCCGCCAUCCACACGCCGUCCGAGUGGGAGGACACACUGCUCGCGAGUUUGCGGUGGCUGCUGUCGAGUCUGCCGGCACUGCUGGCGGCCCGCUACACGCGGUUCUCAGAGGCCAAGAGUGCGCUGUGCCGGCUGCUCCACCACCUGCUGGUGCUGCUCCCAUCCAACAGCAUCCGACAGGAGAUCGCCGCAUUCGCACAGCUGCGGCUAUUCGACGCACAGGUGCAGCGUCAUGGCUCUGGUGCGAUCGCGAUGGCCACACAGCCCUUCUGGCUGGCCGAGUCUUGCGUGGCCAUCGCGUCUCGGCACCGCCACACUCUCCCGCCGCAUGUGGUGAAUCGGCUGCUGGCGUUCUCUGUGUCGAUCGGCGAGAGCCUCAAGUCGCGCCACCUGGUCGUGCAGGCCGCCAGCCUGUUCAGCGCACUCCACCAGCACCAGCAACAUCCCGCUGUCAACAAUACACUCAAGGAGCUCCACCUCUCAGGUGAGCGAUCAGACCACACCGAAAGCCCAGCCUCAGUUAUAUGUUCAAUGUGCUGCGUGUAUGUGUGUACCAAACAGCUUGUCUGCCCUCUGUCUGGCAUGAGUGUCUGGAACUGGAGGUGACGGCCGAGGGCGAGGCGGGCGAGGGCAACAGUGUCGCUGGGGCCAUGCUGGCCGCCACGCCAGGCGACAGUGAGGUGGUCGAGGACGCCAUGCUCGCCAGAAGCGGCACUGCACUCUUGAUGCGGCCCACACUCUCAGACUGGGGCAUCUCCCACCCCCCGACACCCCCCGAAGCCAUCGGCCCCGCCCCCCUCCCACCCCACUCGAUGGCGCUCCUUCACGCGGCCGUCGCUCGCAGCGUCGACACCCUCCUCCCGUUCUUCCUCAACGAGACCGAGGAUGAGGUGGUCGCCACCACACCCACACACGGCAAGUCUCGCCGUGCGGGGAUGUUCUUCCAGACCGUCCACGAGACAGGGGCGGCGGCUGCGGCCGCCGCUAGUGCAGGGGCGGGAGGCACGGACGAAGCGACGCGGCGGCAUCCGUUGUUGCAGUCGACAGACGGAUUCUGGAUGCCGAGUCUAUCCAAGAGCGCCUUCCAGGCCGUCAUUGGGCUGCUGAGAGUGCUCUGGCUGGCGACCAAGGUCUCGUGUCCUGCCCCAGCUGACGCGCCGGAUGCGCCUGAGGUGCACGACUGCAGCUCGCUGGACUCCGGGGUGUGGCUGGGUAUCCAUCUGGUGGUCUUCUGGCUGCACCGACUGCUCGAGGGCAAGACCACCAAGAGCACCAACGAGGCCACACAGAAGGAGAUCCGGGCCUUCGCGUCGGCCAUCUGGCUGGAGCUGGCGGAGCUGCUGGCGAUCAGUGAGCGGCACGGCCUCCCCUUCUCGUGCAAUUACCCCGUCAUGAACAACAAGGCCAGCAGGCGCAUCGUGUCCAGCCAGACCGGCAAACCAAGAUGCUCAUUCGCACUCUUCCUCGACACAUCCGCCGUUCUCAACGAUCGCAUCAACGCGGGAGGAGCUCUCGAGUCACAGGGGGGCCAGGCAGCCGGCGAGGGCACGCGGCUGCUGUCCGUGGCCACCCUCAGAGGCCGGCUGAUGGCUCUGCUGCAGCGAACAGUGAACCUCAGCGUCACAUCGGCUGUGGUGGCCACCAGCCCCACUGAGCCCUCUUCGUCUAAUCGCAACCACCGGCGCGCGGCCCCGGCAGCAGCGGCCGCAGGUGCAGCCCGCACGCAGCAGCGAGCAUCGGCGGCCCCGCAGCUGGACCCAGAAGACGAUGCAGACGACUUCGGAAUGCGCACACCACCCAGGCCCGGCCAGGAUGGAGGCCAUCAGGGUGCGGACAUGGCUGAUGCCUUCUUCGAGGAUCAGCAGGGGGACAGAGACGGGAGGGCCCAGGGCAAGCCAACCGACAUGGAGAUCGAGUGGCAACUGCCGCGGCACGGCGGGCCGAAAGGCGCUACCCCUGCAGAGUCGGAGCUUCUCUCGACCUUUCUGCCUUCUCGGGCGGCGGUGAUCCGUAUCCAGGUGGACCUGCUGGUCAAUCCUGCACGGACUGUCGGGCCGGUGGAUGAAGCCACAGACAGACUCUACAGCGGCAUGCUGAAGGUGAGACUCUCACAUCACGCAGGCACCCCAUCAAUCGCAGGGCACGCUGUCAUCACGCAUGUGUGCAUUUCAGGCACUGGAGUCACUGGUAAUGGACGAGCAAGUGGCGGAUCGGCAGCAGGCUCGACGCAGCGGGGAGGAGGAGACCGCCUCAAGAAUGCCCUGCGCCCAGCAGAUGGGAGUCUUCGCACUGGUCGUCACCGCACUCGUGUCCAGACGCCCACCGAUCCACCUGUCAGGUGCCAUGACCAUUGUGGGGAUGCUGUGCCGGUGCGCCAUUCGCCUUGCGGCCCUGAAUGUGCAAAUGGCGCUCAUGGUGGUGUUUCCCCUCUGCCGGCUGGUGCUGUGGGCCAUCGACACCAGCCGCAGCGCCGGCAAGGAGUGGGAGCUGUGCGGCGUGCUCACGCACCUCACGGGCGGCAACGACUCGCCCGCAGUGGUGUGCCGGCUGCUGAGCAGCCUGGCCAAGCGACACAAGAUCUUCACUCCCCACCACCACGUUGCCUUCGGCGUCAUGGCGGCGUCGACGCUCCGGUUCCUCCAGAGGUGGGCGGGCUCAGGGGUGGACUGGCCAUGCGCGUACACAAACAGACAGACACUCGUGUGUGUCUGGUCGUAGGAACAAGCAUCGUGUGGCACCAGACGUGAUUGAGACGCUGUGCACUAUCGUGAUGAACAGGGUCCCAAACCUCAUUCUUGACGCCAACACCAACCCUGAAGUGAGUGAGUGAAUUCAGGAGACACAGCCGACAGGGCAGGCAAGGAUCGCCCUCUUCUGUGUCCAUCCAUCUGCAUCUCCCAUGCAGGUGCGUCUGGUUGCUGCAGCAUGGUGCACUGCUCCUCUGUAAGCCAUGAUUGCAACGACAGAAGCCAUGAUUGCAACGACAGACCUGCUGAGUGUCAAUGUAUCGUUUGUGCAUCUCUGAUCAUGGGUCAGCAUGGAGGUGUUUCCCGCGGCUGAGGUGUCGGAGGAGUUCAAGUCCAAGGCUCUCAAGCGCCUCGAGCAGCUGCAGGGCGGCAACAAGGAAGUGAAGAUCGACCAAGACGUCAGACAGCUCCUGCACAAGCACGGCAUAUCGGUGGAGGCCGACGCAUUCCAGGCGCUCAUUUCAGCCCACCACGUGGCCGACGUCCUCUCCCUCGCUCGCGCUGGCAUCGCCGCGCCCGAGAUCACUGUCGACUUCCUCACAUCGAUAUGCGCGGUGGCGAGGGAGCCAUCCCUGGUCCAAGUGUGCUUCUUGGCCAUCCGGCACAUGGAUCAGUCGCUGAUGCAGGAGCAGCCGACACUGCUCGCCAGGCACAUGCAGCACAUCGCCGCGGGCUGGAUCCGACGCAAGCUGCCUCUGGGGCAGUUUCCGACCCAGCUGUUCGAUGGCGGUGCGAGUCAUUCGGACUUCUUGUGGUCCAACUCGGCGAUGCUGGUGAGUGCGUGCAUCCUCGGCGGGCUGGAGCCCAACAAAGUCAUGCCCUGCUUCCGCGAAGCACUCGGCCUCAAGAGGGUACGCCAGGCACACGCACAGAGAGAGACGGGCUCCAGCUGCAUGCUGGCUUUGUGUGCGCGCUGUGUGUGGAUGUCGUCAGGACAAUCAGGAGAAGGGACCCGAGCUCCGCGACGCCGUGGCGCCAGCGUUGGUGGCGAUCCUGCUGAUGAUCAAGGGGCAGAACGGCGGUGCGUCUGAAUAUCUGAAGCAGCUGCUCGGCAGCGGCAACAUCAUCAGUGUGCUCAAGCAGCACCUGCGGUCAUCGGUGCUGUCGAGCAUGCUGCGCUUCAAAGCCCAGCCCCGCGAUGCCGUCGCGGCCGUCGCCUUCCCCAGCCUGCAGGCCGCCCUCUCCGAGGUCAUCCCCACACCCAUCGACAGCUACCCCAACCUGGACGCCUUCGUCAGUGCCAACUUCAAACACAUGCUCCUCGUACUCGACAGCGCCGUCCUGCUCUCGCACGGAGACGGUGCGACCCCAGACAAGGCCGCGGCUGGCUGUUUCCAGGACUUCCUGCGCAUGACGUCGUGUGUGCUCAAGCAGACGUCGCACGUCCGCCACCUCAUCAACUUCCUCUUGCGACACCUCAAAAGCGCCAUGGAGGCACGCGAGUCGGCGGGCGGGCGGAUGGUCAAGACGGCCGGCAGCUGGCCGGAUGUGCGGCAGUCCUGGAUGGUGGACGGAGGGGCGCUGGCAGCCCCAGAGGAGACCAACGAGAAGUGGCAGCGGACGCUCAGCGACGAGGUGUGCCGCAUUCUGAGGGAGUGCACCGACGCCAUCCUCCUGCAGCUGUUCGACCGCCCUGCUCCGGGCAUCAUGGAUCUCCUGCUCGAGCUCGUCGUCAAGAAGUACGGCGGUCUCAUGGUUAGCCGGGAGGGCAGCAGCAGCAGCAGCGGAGGGGCGGACGGCAGCUGCGACGAGCCCAGCGUGACGAUGGCCACCUGCCCCGUCUUCAAAAUCGUCGGCGAGGCCGUCCUUCGCCUGCUGCCCCUUCGCUGCACGAGGUUCAACACGAGAGGCCGCACACAGGCGGACACGCCCAGUGUGGUUGAGGUGUUGGGACCCUCCUUCGUUCCAUUCUUUGCCGCUGCAGACAUCAUCCCCGACACAGCAGCCGUGGCCGUCAAUUCUGUCGCAGCACACUGUCUGCAGCACAUCCAAGAAAGCCUCCGAGCACAAACGGAUACUGCAGCGGCGCAAUUAGGCAAGAGGCGACGCAGCGGCACAAAGGCAGCCGCCGCAGAGGGCGAGCCAGCGGCCAAGAAGAAGAAGCCCGCCCAAGAGGAUGCGGCUCGACCGGGGGUCGAGCCAGUGCCGAUGGACACCGAUGAUGCCGACAAUGAGCCACUGUGGCCGUCUGCAGAGGCGACGGAGGCGGUGCUGGCCGCAUCGGGUGGUGACGCCGUCUUGUCUCCAGAGGACCGGCUGAGGCUCUUCAUGGAUGAGCUCACCGACCACGACCAGCGGGCAUGCGACAACCGUACUCGCAUGGCCGCCGCCAAAUCGUGGGCGGACCGCCUCUCCAACAGUUUCGGCUCCGCUUUGCUCCUCCGGCGUGUGGCGGCGAUAUGUCUGUGGCUGAAAGGGGCCAAGGCACACGCCAGCGCCGUGAGGGCCAGUGGAGAGUCGGCCCCGGCAGGACCACGGGUGUUUGUGAGCAUGGUGGUGCGGCACCUGGUCAACAUCUCCAGACUCGGGACGUCGGACCAUCUCCCCGAGGCGUGGAAGCUGCAGACGGCCCGGCUGCUUAGCCAUGAGGGUCUGCGUGAUACCAAGCUCGUGUCCGAUGCUCUCCGUCAGGACCUAUCCGCCAACCUCGCCCGUGAUGCCACCAUGGCCUUCGACCUCGUCUGGACCUCUGAAUACGGCACACCAGACCCGCGGAACCAAGCCGUGGACGGCGAACGCCCACUCAUCGUGCGAGAGCUGGGCCUGGUGGUGCCCUCCGUCGCUGUGCUUGGCUUCCUCUUCGCUGUCACGUCGCUCAACCACACGGUCAAGACUGUGCGAGAGGUGGGUUUGAGGACCCUUGAGGCGCUGGUGGGUGAUCCGGUGUUCCAGCGGUGUCGGCAGUGUUUGGCGCGACAGCUGGAGGUGUCGCUGGGAGACAUGACUGAGAUGGCCGCUGGUGCCGCGGGAGAGGGGGAGAGGGAUGGGGAGAUUGACGUGUCCGCACUCAACUGGGAGGGGUGCUGGGCGCUGCCUACCGACGCAGAUGGUGCCACGAAGUCGAACGAAGGUCAGAGACUCAGACAUUUCUCCGAGGCAGCGUGUCGCAUUGGUGGUCUUUCAGGGUACGACUCGUGGCUGUGCCAUCUGAGCGCUUCGCUGCUGUGUCCGACAUCGGACGAAGUCAAGCUGCCACGACAAGAAACAGCAAACGUGAGCACCGGUCGAUAAAUGAAGGGACGGCACCCAAACAUCAAUCGCGGUUCUAUCUUGGUCUUUUCAGCUGUAUCGUCGUCUGGUGCCAAUGGCCAUGCGCAGCCCCGGCUUCGCUCGUGCUGUCCUGCCGCUGUUGCUACUCGAGUACGUCACGGCAUUCACCCCUCUCGCAUGCAAGAUCGCGGACAUGAUGAACCGACACAUAUUCGUCAACGCGAGCACCACCACUGACGACCACACGGCAACCGAUCCAGCACCAGCUGCAGCAGCUGCAGCCGGACCGAGGGCGGACAAAGGGUGCAGUGCCGCUGCCAGCACCGCUGAUGCUGCAGGCGAGGGGAGCGACAGGCGGACCAACCAUGCGAGCCGGAUGGCGGUGGCUCAGUUCCUGCGUGCGCUGCAGUUGAUGCGGCUGUCCCUCACGACUGUCCUCUACCAGGCGGUGCCCUUUUUCACCGAGCAGGGCAACGACCAGCAGGAGCAGGGGCGGCGAUCGCGGGCGUUUUGGAACACGCUGGACCUCCAGGCAGUGUCCGACGCUGCGUACAAGAUCGGCAUGCCGGCCGACGCCAUUGUGUACCUGGAGCUGCAGAUGACCAAGAUGUUCCCCAACCUCAGCCCCGACAAGGCCUUCCUCACUAUGCAGGUGCAGACGCGCCUGGCGAGCUCGGGGGAAUCAUCGCAGGACCAAAGGGCCGAGGCGCCGCCGGUCGAGGACUCAGACAUCAACGCUUCCUUCCAGCGGCCGCCGCAUGCCGUGUGGGAGCUCGUUAAGUCGAGCCAGCAGCUCUCCUUCGACCUGGGGGAUCCCCUUCACGGCAGCCUCUCGAGCUGGGCACACGAGGCCGUGGUCCUAUCAGAAGCCGGCAGACACAACGCAUCCUCGAUGACCCUGCUGCACCAGCCCAGUGGCGACACUGACAUGACGACUGAUGUUGACAGCCGAGUCGGACAGAUAUCGACCGUAUUUCAGCAGAAUGGCCUCCAAAACAUCCUGCUGGGGUACCUGGACGGCCUGUGGCCUCAGGAUGGCUCGGCGGCUGAUGUGGCUCGUCAGGUGGACCCGAGCAGCGACCGACGGCAGCUGGAGGUAUGGGAGCAGCGGAUGGAGGCCCUGUGGCGGCUCCGCCAAUGGGGGGCCAUCACGUCGGCUGCACAUGUGCCGCAGUGGCUCGAGCGCCACGGUGAGGCUUUCCACGUCCACCUCUACCAGACCCUCAGCAACCUCAAGACGCAUUCGGAUCGCAUGCGGCAGCUGACAAUGGCAGAUGACAUGGACGUGCAGAUGAGCACCGCCGCUGCUGCUGAGGCCCACCACCCCCGCUUGCUGGAGCAGGUGGAGCAUGCCCUCCUCAACACGCUGCAGACCAUCCGCAUCGGCGAAUGGUGCUCGCCACCCGAUCUCUUCACGGCCGUCAUGCGCAUCCGCAUGACCGAAGCUGUCAGAGAGGCGGCCGGGUGUCUGCUGGACCACCAACGGCCGCAGGAUGCUGAGGCGAGCAUCAUCAAGCUCCAGCAGUCCUGGUCUCGCGACCUGUCGACCUUCCUGGACCCAUUCUCCGUCACGCCAGUCCUCUACCCACUGGUGGAGCCACUCGCAGCUCUGCAGGUGUCGGCGCUCAGCUGCUGCGGCCAGCCCAAGCCCCUCUACCAGCACCUACUCGAGCUGGGCAAGGCCACACGCAGGAACGGCCGCAUCCAACAGGCCUUGACGCUGCUGCAUGAGACCAACCGGGCACUUUUGCAACCAACCGUGGCCACACGGAUCGAUCUGGGCCGUGGCGGCGGUCUGCCUGCUUCGUUUCUGGUCAAGUGGGAGCUGGCUCAAUGUUUCUGGGAGUCAGAGGACACCCGCCGUGCCCUCAAACUCGCAAGCAGUCUCGCGGCCCAUGCGCUGCAAGCCGCCACAAGCACAGGCCAGCCGGGAGGCAGCCGUGGCCGCGGUGGCGGUGGCGGUGGUGGUGUGAGUGGGUCAGAUCUGGUGCACGUGUGUGAGGUGCUGAGCCGGACGGGCGAGUGGCUGUUCGCGUCCCGCUGGGUGGAUGCCAAUGUGGUGCGGAGGAAGUACCUGGAGCCCGCCAUGAAGCUGGGGUCGGUGGAGGGCGAGCAGCUGGCCAAAGCGAGUCUCGCCGCCAUGCUCGACGAGCUCCUGAAGGUAAGUGGGUGGCUGGAUAUAUGAAUGCAACGACCAGACAGAGAUGUCUGGAUGUGUGUGUGUGUGUGUGUGUGCAGGCGCAUCGACAGCGUCAGAGCUCGUUGGAGGCGAUCAAGUCGCGGCAGAUCCGAGAGCACGCCGAGGCGGAAAUCGACAACUGCAUCAAGGAAAUGGAGGACAAGAGCACCGAAGCACAUGUACAGUACACAUCUCACAGGCGCACAGCACACCAAAUCACUGUCAUUCGUGCGUGGCGGGCAGCCGGGCUGAAGAGUUGUUGUCGGUGAUGUUUGUUGUAAGGAAAAGAAGGCGUGGGCUUUGCACAAGGAUCAGCUGGAGAAGAAGGUGCUUGGCGACAACAAUGCACUCGAGGUGGAGCUGCAGCAGGUAUGCAAGACACACACGUCAUGCAGGCAGCCGCUGUGCGUGCGUACAUCAAUGCAUUCAUUUUCAUCGUAUCGCUUGCUUGUGCAUGUUGAGCAGGUGAGUGGUUGGGCGGUGGAUGCGGCCACGCUCUACACCGAUGCUCUCUCACAGAGCCACGUCAAGGACGCACCCAGGUACACGCACAGACAGAUUGACCGAGUGAGAUGGAGAGAGAGGCGCCAACGGCUGGCCAUGUGUGUGUGUGGUCAACGUGCACAUUGCCAGGUUGGCGUGUCGGUUGUUGGGUCUUCUGUUUGACUACGGGAGUGAGUUCGAGGAGCUGCCGGCCAACCUGACCAAAGCCGUCAACCAGCGGAAGAUCCACAUGCGGCACUUCCUGCCAUUCAUCUACCAGAUCGCGUCACGGGUCACACCGCCGCCAUUCACCCCAUUCCAGGAGUGUAUCGACGCACUCCUCAAAGCACUGGUACGGCAACAGCAGUCUUCGCACACUGCUGGACUUGACUGGUCGAUUGAGUGAUGGGGUGUGUGUGUGUGUGUGUUGCCUGCCUGCCUGCCCAGUGUCGCUCGUAUGCCUUCCACUGCCUGUAUCCUCUGAUUGCGCUGCGAAACGGAGACAAGAUACCCGCUGGCGCGUAAGCGAUAGACGAGGGAUGGUCGGUGCCCCCUCUCUCAUUCAUGUGCACGUGUUGUGUUGUGUUGUCCGUGUCUGUGUCGGUUUGAUCCCGCAAUGGUGCAGGAGAGGCAGGUCAGCCUUCACACCUCAGGUGAGGCAGUGAGCCAACGGCACGAAGGAAUGAAUGAAUGCAAGCAUCGCUCGACUUGCACCCUUUGUCGGUCGGCCGAUGUGUGACUAUCUUGUUCGCGCACUUGACUCACGUGUAGGCGCCCAAGAUCGAGGGUGCGCAGCAGCUGCUCGACUAUCUCAAGACCAUCGACGGACUCCAGCAGGCCGUCAAGGCCACUGAUGACCUCGUCGAGCUCUACAUCGCCCUGUCCACCUAUGGCGACGAAAGGACGCGGGAGAUCGACAUCAAGAAGGUCCCCAACUACCGCGCCGUCGCCAAGGGGCUCUCCCUCUUGCCCGUCCCAACCGCCGAGCUGCCCGAGAAUGUCAUGGGGGCUCUCGUCCGGGCGUCUGCCACUGCGGGCGGCAGGGGCUGGCAGCGAGGGAAGACGGUGUCGGACGGCAAGACUGGCGAGUGCGACGUCCCGCGGAUCAAUCGGUUUGUUGAGCGUGUUCAGGUGAGCGAUACGGGUCUGUCCCAUCCGCGGUUUGUCAAGAUGUCUGACACGAGCGGCCGGGAGCACAAGCAGGUGGUCAAGGCGAAGGACGACCUCAGGCAGGACGCUGUCACACAACAGCUCUUCAUGCUACUCAACAAGGUGGGUAGGCGUGCAGCCAGCAACCGAGCCACACAAUGCGGUCGAUCCCAUCCCAUCUCCCUUGCGCAGCCAUCCGAGCGAUCAUUUUAUGCGUGUGUGUGUGUUAACAGGUGUUCUCGUCGAUCCCGCAGACCCGCCAGCGUGACAUCCGUCUGCGGACCUACAAGGUGCUGCCCCUCUCGCCGCAGCACGGCGUGACCGAGUUUGUGCGCAACACCACCACCCUCGCAGAGUACCUCAAGGGCGCACACGAGCACUACCGGCCCAACGACUACUCAUUCGACACGUGCCGCAAGCUCAUCAAGGGCGUCGAGGACAACACCAUCCCCAAAUUGCGCGGUCAGGUCGGCCAAUUGCGCGACAGGCUCCGCAACAAGAGCAUUGGCGAUAACGAGAGAAAGCGGCUGACGGCCGACGAGCGGGCCCUCCGUGAGCAGCUCGACAGAGCGACGGCCAACCUUCGGCGCAAGAAGAUCAAGGUCUUCCGCGACGUCUGCGACAACUUCAAGCCUGUCAUGCACGCAUUCUUCCUCGAGAAAUUCCCAUCCACCCACGAAUGGUGGGAGGGAGGGAGGGAAGGAUGAAUGGCUUGGCUUGGCGCGCCAGACGGUACCAGACCAACGAAACAAUCUGUAUGUUUGCGUGUGUGCAGGUACUGCAACCGUCUUCGCUACGCGACGAGCGUGGCGGCCAACUCGAUGGUGGGCUACAUCGUGGGUCUGGGCGACCGGCACCUCAGCAACAUCCUGCUGGACAACUCGACGGGCGAGCACGUGCACAUUGACUUCGGCGUCAUGUUCGAUCAAGGCCGCACCAUGGGCGUCCCGGAACUCGUCCCCUUCCGCCUCACACGCGACACUGUGGCCGGUCUGGGGGCGCUGGGCGUCGAGGGCAACUUCCGCAGGCUGUGUGAGGCCACCCUGCAGGUGCUCCGCGAGUCCAACACCCUCGUGCUGGCGGUGCUCGAGGUCUUUCUGUACGACCCCCACUACCAGUGGUCCCUGAGCCCACGCAAGCGCUUCCAGCUGCAGCACACGCACGACAAUGACAACUACGGCCAACAAGAACACACAGCCCAGAGCGUCAGGGGCCGGGGAGCGGCCGCCAACUCGGCCGCACAGCAGAGCUCUGCCGGUGGGCGGGGGGGUACGGCUGCGGCAUCAGCAGCAGCUGCUGCUGGUGGUGGUGGUGGCGGUGGUGGCGGUGGUGGCGGGAAUAGAGGGGCGAGGGGGCCGUCACCGGAUGCGGGCGUGUUUGGCGAAUACAAUGCGGAAGACGAGAACGCCUUUGCAAACACGGCCAUGAUCACUGUAGGCCAGUAGUGCUGUACAUGGCUUCAUGUGAAGCGUGCCAUGAGGGCAAUGGUGUGUCCGUCUGUCUGUCUGUUGUCUGUCUGUCGUGUUUGUCAGGUGCGCAAUCGGUUGGCGGGUUUUGACGAGGGCGAGAACACGCCAUUGCAGGUCUCGGUGCAUGUGGAGCGGCUGCUCAACAACGCCAUGAGGGAAUCCAACCUGGCACCCAUGUUCGCGGGAUGGUCCGCAUUCGUCUGACGAUCGACUCACUCACUCAUCGAGCAAUUCAGCCACUGGCCGCCGCAUGCAUCCAUCAUGUGUGUGUGUGUUUAUUUGGAUGGACGGGUGCGCAACGGCCGGGGGGGCAGCAGGCAAAGCAGGUGGGCGCAUUUGUUUGUGUGAGGUGUGUGUACACAUUCUAGAGAGAGGUGGGUGGAUAUGUAGAGGUGGGUAGGUGGGUGAGGUGCAUGGAUAUGUGGCUCUGUCUUUGUGUUGGCGUGUGGACUUUAUUUAUCAGUACAUGGUGCAACACGACGUUGUAUACGUACAUGUGAUGUGCCAUAGAUAUCAGUAAGCCAAUUGUACAAAACCAAACGGGGCCCGACGCACAUGUAGGUAGCUCUUGCUUCCGUGUGUGUAUAUAUGUGUGUGCGGAUUCACGC